AUGAUGAAGCUUUUAGAUUUUAUGAAAGAAAAUGAGGUGGUGUAUUCGUUUGGGAAGGUAAUUGAUAAGCUUGAAGACAACAAAUACAUGCUUGAAUCGCACAAUAACAGUAUAGUUAUAGCUACAAAGUCUCACAUUGAGGUUGGUACAUGGAUCCGCGUCUAUGGAACAUUCAGAUCUGGUAUUCUACAGGCUGUAUUUGUAGGAAGACUUAGCGGUGUUGAUAUCAAUUUGUUUGAAAGAGCUGUUGUGUAUAUGAAUUCCCGUAUGCCUUGUGAUGAAUAA